AUGCUGCUCCGGCCCCGCAGGCCGCCGCCGCCCGCCCCCCGCGAGCCGCCACCGCCCGCCAGCCCGGACUCGGAGCCGAGGCCGGCCGAGGGCGCGCCGGGGACCCCGCCCGAGCGGCCCCCGUCGCCCGGCGCGCUGGCGGCGCCCGCGUCCCCGUGGCCGCCCGCGGCACCCGGGUCGCCCGUGUCGCCCGUGUCCCCGGGCUCGGCGCAGCGCACGCCCUGGAGCGCCCGCGAGACGGAGCUGCUGCUGGGGACCCUGCUGCAGCCGCCCGUGUGGCGCGCGCUGCUGCUCGACCGCCGCCAGGCGCUGCCCACCUACCGCCGCGUGUCCGCCGCGCUGGCCCGCCAGCAGGUGCGGCGGACGCCCGCCCAGUGCCGCCGCCGCUACAAGUUUCUCAAGGACAAGCUCCGCGACGCCCACGGCCAGCCGCCCGGGCCGUUCGACGCGCAGAUCCGCGAGCUCAUGGGGCUGUUGGGCGACGACGGGCACCGGCGCCCCCAGCGCGGCCGCCGCUCCCCCGGACCCCGGCGCCCCCAGCGCGGCCGCCGCGCGCCGCACGCGCCAGCCGAGCCAGGCGCCCCGCUGCUGCCCGCCAGCCGAGACCUCGACGCGGACCCCGCCUGGACUCCCCGGUUCGGCAGGUCCUCUCCCAAGUCUGCCGACGAUCCCCGCACCCCGGGCUCUCCGACGGCGCUCUCCACCUUCGCCCCCACAUCCGGCCGCCGGGAGGAGCACGCGCCCAUCCGCGUCCCCAGCUCCCCUCCGGCGCCGACCCCCGACCCCUCCCACGAGGACCCGGACUCGGUGCCCGGCCGCCCUGAGGACCAGGCACCCUCGCAGUCCGCGCCCCCGUCGCUGAAUGCCGCCCUGCUGCAGACCCUGGGCCACCUGGGUGACAUCGUGGCCGUCCUGGGCCCACUGCGCGACCAGCUGCUGACCCUGAACCAGCACGUGGAGCAGCUUCGCGGCUCAUUCGACCAGACCGUGUCCCUGGCUGUGGGCUUCAUCCUGGGCAGUGCCGCUGCCGAGCGGGGCGUCCUGUCGGACCCGCGCCCGGCCCCUCUGUAGGUCCGUGACCCCCCUCGGCCUCGACCC